CACCGCUUCGUUGAGGCUUCGCUUCGCUUCCUACUACAUAUUUCGUUAGCCGAUUUUGGCCGUUGCUAGCAAAGUUUAUUAAGUUUAAGUAAUUUCCUUUAUUGUCUGUAAAAAAAGAAAGAUGAAAUACUUCUUAACAUUAAUUGUUUUAGUAUCAACAUUAAGUAAAUGUUUAGCUAUCUGGUGUUACCAAUGCACUGGGGCAACCCCGGGUUGCUCGACACCCUUCAACUGGCGUGGCAUCGGGUACCUGGGUCAGCCAUGCUUGGACAAUGAUGAUAUCUGCGUUAAACUUAUUGAGAGGAAAGGAGCGCAAGAAGUGAUUACAAGAGACUGCCUGAGCAACUUCAGAGCGUUCCGGACGGACAUUCCUGCCGACACUUACGAGGGCUGCAGGCCGGCCGCUAAAGAUGUCAACUUAGCCAACUACGUCAACAACACUAUUAAAGAACUUGAUGUUAAACGAGAAUGGUACGACGAGACGACAUGGUGCUUCUGCUUUUUGGAUCACCGGUGCAACGCGGCGCCGGACUCAAGGGCGUGGCCAAUGCUGUUCGCUGCGGCGCUAUUGUUCGCCCGACUACAAUGAUGUCACUCGUAGCGUUUUCACAUUAUCAUGGCGGAUGUUAGAUUCUAUGGUAUAAAGUGUACUAGCUUUUGCCCGCGGCUUCGUUCGCGUUUAAUUCGGAAAAAUUGCGGAAUGCAGCAUACAAACUUCCACCCCCCAAUUUAGGGAUGUACCCCUAGUUAGAAAGUGACAAAAAGUAGCCUAUGUCACUUUUCACCCCUUAAGUAUCUCCACUUUAAAAAAAUCACGUCAAUUAGUAGCUCCGUUUUGCCGUGAAAGACGGACAAACAAACAGACACCCACACUUUCCCAUUUAUAAUAUUAGUAUGGAUAAUAUUAGUACAUUUAGCAGUGCCAAUGUAAACAAUGUAUUUAUACUUUUUGUACAACAUUAUCAAUUCAUCACUAUAGUCAGCAGUUUUAAAUUUAAAUAUUUAUCAGAUAAUAUCGCGUUGGAAAAUGUGAAAACGCUCAUGAUAUCUUCGUAGGAAUGUAGGACAGGAAUCUCUUUAGUUUUAAGUAGGUCCAUAUUUCUUUUUCAAAUGAGACAAAAAUCUGAACUUGGACUUUGUAGAAAUAUCUUGGUUUAUAAAAGGCCUAGAAAAUAGUUUAGGCAAAAUAUUCCGUCCAAUCAAUAACAAGGCUGUAACCCAAUAUUUUUAAGUUUAACAUUUAUGCACUAUUAAAUAUUUGUAUAAUUG